UAAGAGGACGUGUAAAAAGCACUAACAAAUAUGCACUUUGCCUCCUCUACUCCAUUUGAUAUUCUCACCCUUUUUAAGCCCCCAUCAAUGUGGUCCUCAAACUCGAACCUUGUUAAUCAAAUGAACCCAAACACCCUACAACUACCUAUGGCAUGGACAAAUGACCCUUCCCAUGUCCACACAAAGCCUCAUCUUUGGCACUUAUCAUUCUACUGGGGUAGGAACACUUACUUUCUCUUCCCAAAUUGGCCUGGAAAUAAUCGAACAAUGUACGGUUUGGGUAUCAUUUUCGUCUUUGUUUUGGCUAUUCUUGUUGAGUUUUUCUCCAACUUGAAGUUGGUUAAACCUGGCUCGAACCGGGGUGCAGCGGUUUUCUUCCAAGCCGGAGUACAAGCGAUUCGAGCCGGGUUUGCUUAUAUGGUUAUGCUUGCUGUUAUGUCAUACAAUGGAGGAGUUUUUAUUGCUGCUAUUUUGGGACACGCUGUUGGUUAUGUGGUUUUUGGAAGUCCAAUUUUCAAAAAGGAUAUGGAUAGAUGAUCCAUGGGCCAUUUUAUGAGGAAAAUAUGUGAAGUAAGAGGUUGUUAGGAGCCGUUUGGUGUGCGGGAUAAAUGGAUAUCUAAGAUUAAGUCUUGAUAAAAUUUAUAUCGCAUUUGGUACUAAUAAAUUUAUAUUGUCUAUCAAACGUGAGAUCGAUCUUAUCUAGACUUAAUCCUGGGAUAUCCGACCUUAUCUCAUCCAGUUUGAGAUUAUUUUAUUCCAUUUCUCAGGUGGGAUUAAUUAGUCCCAAGAAUUAUUAUAAUCCUAAAAUAAUUUAGUCCGCAUACCAAAUGAUUCAUUACAGUAAACUAAUAAUUUUGUUCUAUUUUCUGUUUCGAGUUUCUUGAUUUGUUUUGCCUGAAUGCCAUUCUUUGAAAAAGGAAAUGUAAAGCUUAGAUCUAAUAAAUGAAUAAUUUUUUCUUCAUUGU